GUAGACUGGCCUCUUGGUGGAGACGAUUAAACUUCCUGCUUAUAUAUCUAGUAGCCAUGUAGCUCUCGAAGAUCAGUCUUGGAACAUGUAAAGAAAAGCAUGGACCUUUGAUACCAAAGCUGGAGUGAUGAAAAUCUACUACUGCUACUACACGGCAUAGCUGUAACUAUUGCUUGAAGAGCAAAUCAUUCAGCAGGGAUUCAGAUACCAGAUAAGGAGCAUGGAAGUCUUAUCGAUGAAUGGUGCCGAAUCUAUUAUUACUGGUGAUAUCCAUUACCUUAUAUCAAUUAUCACAAUUUUUUAUUUACCCUUCACGGGGAACCAUUUGAUAUCAUUUACACUAUCACACACGACUAACCCUUUAAAAGAUAUUAGGUCUGUCUGCUCAGCAUGUGAUAUCCUCUUUGGGAAAGGUUGUCUAACUUGUCUUUCUGAAAGUUUGAAUGUGUUAGUUGCAUGUCAAGAAAGUGGAAUUGAUUUGGAAGUAUGUGAGUUUGGAAUGUGUAAAUUUAAUAAAUGACUGUGACAAAUAAAAAAGAAUGUAGUAGAGAGAUAGAUUGUUGUGAAAUAAGGUGUGGUUUGUGUUUAUGGACGGUGUUAAAUAAUGAGUUAUGUGUUAUUAUGGACGAUGUGUAAUAGAGAAUGAUUUGUGUGUAUGGACGAUGGUAAAACUCCAGAAGUAGGACCAUAUCUAUAAGGUUUGUAUACCAUUUAUUAAAAUUAUGUCUGCUAUAUACAAAUUAAAAGGCGGAAUACUUUCAAGGUAAGUAAAUAUUUUGUCAAAUUCUUCUUUAUUGUCUAAUGUUUACUGAAUUACCUAUCAUAAAAUACUUUAAUAAAACUUUAUAUUUUAUUACAUUUCAACAGCGAAACCAACGUCGUGUUCAGCAAUCAAAACGGAUUUACAGCUUAAUGACGUAUGUAUGGAGAACAGGAGUUAUACAGGGUUCUGUAUUACAGAAAAUACAGUUUGUACACCUGGUAAUGAUGGAACGGGUUAUUGUCAAUGCAAGUCCAAUUAUGUUGAAGCGACCAUUUCUGGAUCUUACAAUAUAUAUUGUACAGAAGCGCCUGAAACUUUAUCAUUUGAAAAAAGAUAUCAAUGGGAAGUAAACGAUGUAAAGACUGAAGAGCCCCAAACAUUUGAUAUAGAAAUCAAAAUAAACCCUAAAUUCAAACGAGAACAUAACAGUGUAGACAUUGUUCCACGCAGUAACCAAAUUUCGUCUACAAUCAAUGAUACAACUUUAACGUUUACCAUCAACAGUGCAAAUCUAUUAGAGGAAUUACAGAAAUACUUGGUGGAAGUUUCAAUCUCCUUUUCGGGGAAACACGUUGUUCGGGAUUCUUUUUUGUUGGAUCUCACACUUAAAAGCAACGCAACGAAUAACAACACCAUGAACGUCACUGUUCCAGAAAAUGCAGCAAUUAACACCACGGUUGUAUCUCUCUCAUAUCUACCAGGUUAUAAAGAUUUCCAAUUUGUCGAUUGUUCAAAUGCCUUCCGUAUAGAGAAAGAUUUAUACGUAAAAACUAAAGUUGAAUUAGACCGAGAAGUCAAGGAUAAUUACCAGUGUGAUAUUAAAGCAGUACUCAUUAACAAUGAAACAUCGUGUGUACUGAGAAAUGUAGGAACAUUGGUAAUCGAAAUCUUAGAUAAAAACGACGAACCACCAGUAUUUACACAACAAAAAUAUACAGGGGAGAUAACUGAAAAUUCACCGAUAAAUACAAAUGUGUCUUUUAAUAAGAUACCAAUUAUCUCUGAUGAUAAAGACAUUAGUCCUAAUAAUAAUGUAACGUACACCUUAGACGGAACUGGUAGUUCGCUAUUCAAAUUAGAGAAGGUCGCCAAUACCAGAGAAGUCAGAAUUUCGUCUGUAGAAAAACUCGAUCGAGAAACCAAAAGCUCCUACAGUUUCACUAUUUCAGCUUUUGAUGGUAAUCAAACAAGUAUUGUUGAGUUAAAUAUUGCAGUUUUAGAUGUGAAUGAACCACCCAUAUUUAUCCAAGAAUCUUACAAUUUCACUGUAUUGGAGUACUCCGUGGGUCAGUUUGUUGGCAGUGUCUCUGCUAUUGAUAACGACUCCGGUGAAAGAGGGGUCGUAAUUUACCGUCUACAGAAGGAUUUUGGGCUCUUUCGAAUUGACAACAAUGGUUCUAUAUUUCUAAUCAACAGCAUCCAGAAGAGGGAUGAAGAGUGUUGUGAGCUGGAGAUUUAUGCUACCGACGAUGACAAUUCGCCGGUUAAAGCCUUUGUUAAAGCCAACGUAACUAUAGAAGAUAAAAACGAACCUCCACAAUUUAACAAACCCGUUUAUAGUUUUUACAUUAAUGAGAACAAUGAAUCAAAUGCGACUAUUGGAACUGUGAUGGCUACAGAUAAUGAUUUUUAUGAUAAUGCUAAAUUAAAGUUUUCAAUAUCUGGUAACAUUGAUGAUAUAUUUCACAUUGACACCAAUUCUGGCAAAAUAAGUUGCCGAAAUAGUUUCGACUACGAAAAAACCCAAGUGUUUUAUUUCACAGUAAUAGUUGAGGACAGCGGUCAUCCUCCCCUGAACAGCACCGCCGACGUGACUGUUCAUGUCCAAGACGUCAAUGACAACUCUCCCAAACCGGACGCAAUAUUUUACAAAACCACGGUAUCUUUAAGAAAAGAAUCUAAUAAUAUAGGGAAACCAAUAAUCGUUAUUGAGGCUACCGAUGAAGAUUCUGGCCAAAAUGGUGAAAUUUUCUAUAAAAUUGUUGAGGAAUCUAACAUGGAUGGAUUGUUUAAUAUUUCAAAAUCCAGUGGACUGGUUACAAUUGCGAAAAACACAACUAACUAUAAGUCUUUUUACUUUCUAAACAUCAGCAUAUCUGAUAUGGGCAACCCCCCGAGAUCUACCAAUAUUGAUUUAAAUGUUACCGUUGAUGAAGUCAGUGGGGCCCUUAGUCUUAGUCUUAGAUUUAACACCACUGAAAUAUCUUAUACUGUUCAAGAGGAGGACAAAAAUCCCCAUGAUUUGUGGCACAUUGGUGAGUUCGUGAAGAAAGACGAAAACAAAGACAUCAGCUAUAAAUUUGUCGGCGAUAGCCAAAGCGGUCAUAAUGUUUCAAUUUACAAGAAUGGAACAUUAAACAAUAAACAUACGUUCGACAGAGAAAAAAAAGAUUUGUAUCAGCUAAUCAUACAGGUGUAUGAUACAAAUGAUUCGAGCAUUAGCGAUAUAGUACUGGUAAACAUAAUAAUUGUGGAUAUCAACGAUAAUGCACCCAGAUUCCAACUUAGCAAAUUCCACUUUGAUUCAGAUGAAAACGUAAAGGAUCAUUUUGUGGCAGCUGUUACUGCUACUGAUAGAGAUAUUGGCAACAAUUCUAAUAUUGUCUACAGCAUAGAUAAUCGUGACGUUCCCUUUACUAUAAACAGUACAAAUGGAAGAAUAACAACUUCGGGUGAAAUAGACAGGGAGAUGAAAGACUUUUAUUUACUAUAUGUAGAGGCUACUGAUGGAAAACAUGUAGUCAAGGUUAAUGUAACAAUGACGAUCAAUGAUAUAAAUGAUAAUUCACCACAAAUUCAUGUUAUAGAAGUAUUAAAUAUCUAUGAAAAUAGUAGUCUUGACACUAAGCUAAUGGACAUUAACGCUACAGAUGCAGAUGUAAAUAUUAAAAUUAGAUUAUCCAUACUUAAUCAGACGAAUAGUGACUGUCCAUUCAGAUUACUUUCAGGUGGGCAGGGUAAUGGUGAAAUUUAUUUAAAUUCUGUGUUAGAUUAUGAGAAUGACAAACGCAGUUAUGUGUGUACAAUAUUAGCUGUUGACCAACCAUCAAAUAAAAUAAACGACUCCAGAUCGACAGCCGUAGAUAUUACAAUUAAUGUCGUAGAUGUAAAUGAUAACGCACCGGUGUUCCCAAAUUUUACAAGUAAUAUUACCAUAGAAGUUGAUAUUGCCAUAGGAACGGUUAUAACACAUUUAUCAGCCAGUGAUAAGGAUUCCGGCAGUAAUGGUGACAUAACAUUCUCUGUAGAUACAGAAAACACCACGCCUUACGGUUACGGCACCUUUUUCAAAAUCGUCAACAAUUCCGGUAUUUCUGUUGAGAAUAGCCUAUCUUCUAUUCCUAGUUCCACAGUUGAACUGGUCGUAAUAGCAAAAGAUGGUGGUCAACCAAGCUUAACAAGUCAAUCUACGAUUAGUAUUAAUAUAAGCAGAUCUGAAGAAAUACCAAAAUUUACACUUAGUAAAUAUACCCUCAAUAUUAUAGAACAUGAUGACUACAUACCAGCAUUAACAGUAACAGCAAAUGAUACUAAAGAUGGUGUUAAUAGAGAAUGUGCUUGCAAAUACUUUUUACAAAGUGAAUAUUUUUCAAUUGACGUUAAUACUGGACAGUUAUAUCUGAAAGAGGUAGUUGAUCGAGAGCAAACUGGUUCGAAAUUCAAAAUUGAGGUUUCUGCAGAGGAUGACGACAACCCACCAAGAACGGCGACAGCAGAAAUAACUAUAUAUGUUGAAGACAUAAACGAUAAUCCUCCAGUGUGCAAUCAGUCUUUAUUCGAUUUCAACAUAACCCAGUCCGAUACUACGAUAUUUGGCAAGGUGGUUGCUACAGAUCAGGAUGAAGGAGAUAAUGCUAAACUCUAUUACCAUAAUAAUAGUUCGGAAGGUGUUUUAUUUACUGCCGAUAUAACGACUGGUAGUCUGCGUCUAUCUAAACCAUUUGUUACCACAAGCAGAAUAACCCAAGAAUAUCUGUUUGAUGUAGAAGUUAAAGAUACCGUAUAUGCAACAAAUUGCAAAGUAAAAGUAACGAUAUUCCCCGACAACAUCAACAGUCCGAACUUCACUAAAGCUGAAUACACAGCAGCUAUACCCGUUUAUGGUAAAAGGGGGGAUAAUUUAGAGAUGUCAGUAGAAAUAAAAGCUACGGAUAGAGAUAAUGAUACUAUAACUUAUGGUAUAGAUCCCAAUAAUGAACAGAGUAUAUUUGAUAUAGACCCCACAAGUGGAAUUAUAAGUCUCAAUUCUGAUAUAGACCCAAAUACAGGGAAUACAAAACUACGUGUAAUUGUAAUAGCUAUUGAUAGUGGUCUACCUCCUAAAACUGGGUCAGCUACAGUUCAUAUUGCAAUUACUGGUCUUCUUUGUGUAGGUAAAACAAAUUAUGACGUGGUGAAAAGUGAAGCAGAUUUAACAGGCAUAUUUAGAAUAUUAUUUAUUGCAAUGGUGGUCGGCCUAUGCCUUUUUAUCAUCUUGUUUGUGGUAACCUGCUAUAAGUGGCGAACAUCUAAACGAAGAGAAGAGGCAUUUGCUAGUGAGCUCUAUAAUUUGGAUAAUACAGGGAUGAACAGAGAAAGUGAUGAAGUCCCAUCGGGGAAUACUAGAAACAGAUAUGAAAGUAUGGGUACCCGUGUUAAUGAUCAGUAUGAAGGAACAGGAUUUCAAAAUACGGGAUUUCAAAGUACGUCAGUUGAAAAUACGGGAGCUAAACCCAUGGGACUUGAAAAUACAAGAUUCUCUGAUGAUAGUGAAUUUUUAAAUGGAGUAGAACCAAAGCCAGAUUAUCCACAGGAGUGAAUAUUUUUCAGAAAAUACUAUAUUCAUUAUCGUGAAAAUAUUUUCAUGUAUUGCAUGCUAUACCUAAUCUUAAACGCCAUCUAUCACAAGGACCAGUUUUUAUGUACUAGAUGCCCCGAUUUUCGAUGUAAAUGUUGCGAUCACAUAACGACAACUGCACUUAUAAUAUUUAUAACUUCACGUUUAAUGUCAACGACAAUAUGAACUGUGAUUUGGAAUGGGAAUGGUUGUUGCCACUUUUACAUCGGAGAAAGAUUACGCAACCAUCUAGGGGACUGUAACAUUCAAAAUGGACCAUUUCUUUUUGUAAAUAGUCACACAUUUCAAUGUGCACAACAUCUACAAAUGAAAUUCCAAAUUAACAAUGAUCCAUGAAUUAUCUUAGUCUAUCCCGAGAUAGUCUAUCCCACUCAAUGUUCCUAAAUUAUACCCAUAUACGUAUGGUUUAAUGUUCGAGGGCGAGACAUUAAGUAAUUUAUUGAUACUGCACGAGGCGUAAGCCGGGUGUUGUUUCAAUUUAUAACGCAAUGUCUUUAGCUCGAGACCAUAAUUAAACAACUUAAAAUAUAAUUAUCCCGCACAUGCUAUAUACUUUGUAACUGCGGACUUAUUGUAACAAUAGACAAUUAAAACCACGGUGUUACUAUCUUAAUAUUUAUAAAUUGUAGUACUGUGUCCAUCUCUAUACAAUGACAUUAUUUAUGAAUAGCUCCAAGACAACGAGUCAAAAAGUACUUUUAAAAUGUUAUUAAACCAGUGUGGAAAUCAGGGUGUGUCGGCAUACCUUUUAUCUUUUCAUCGUUUACCGUGAAACAAAGUAGUGCAGCUUUACGGUUGUGCUAAUAUUUUUGUAUAUACUUAUAUUUUAUAUUACUGAUACAGUUAUGAUUUGUAAUGAUUUGAAUUAUAUUAAUCCCAAACUGUUAACCAUAUUUUUAUGUUAUGCAACUUUUGAAAUAAACCAAUAUAGAUAUUUCAGUUGAGAUUUAUGUAUUAUCAUUUUCAUCUAUUUAUAGUUAAUUUAUGUAGUUUUGUAUAUCAAACCCCACACUUACAUUAUUGUUAUGUUUUAUUAGUAUUGUUGUAUAUUAUUAUUCUUAUUACCGAUGUGUAUAUUUUGUUAACUAUGGUAUUAAAUACAAGUAAUCUUAAGUU